AUGCGUACGGUCUUCUCGAAUACUCUCCGCGUCGCACGUCAGGCCCGCGCACCGACCGGAAAACGGUUCGCGUCGAACAUCAGCGAGCAGACCGAGGCCGCACAGAAAAAGGCGCAGGAAGCCCUCGCGAAUGCGCAGAAGACGGCUGAGAAGGUGCUUGAGAGCGCGAAGGGUUAUAUGGGUCCUGCAGGAGAGAAGGCGGCGUCGAUGCUUGGUUCUUACCGCCAACCAGUCACCUACAACCUCUCCGUCGCCCGCGAGAUCCUCAAACACGUCUACCAAGCAGAACGUCUCCAGCCCCCUUCCAUCGCAGAAGUCCGCGCAGCUUAUUCCACGCUUUACUCUCGUGCGAUCAGCCUGCCUUACUGGCGUCAACUUGCCCAGAGUGGUGAUUGGGCGAAGGUUGGGGUGUACGCGGUUGAGGCGUAUGGGAUUUAUAAGAUUGGCGAGAUCCUCGGUCGUCGAUCGCUCGUGGGCUACACCCUCAAAGAGCACUAG